CAACGCCAGUUGUGUUCUUGGUUAAUUACCCAUCUUUUCUCUCAAUUUCUCUCCUCCUGAAAAGAAGUAGCUUGGAGGGCCGUUGCUAUUCCAUUUCUUGGGUUUUUGGUAAAGAUAACAUUAUUGGAACAUGAGGAAGCCUUGCUGUGAUAAGGAAGACACCAACAAAGGUGCAUGGUCUAAGCAGGAGGAUGAGAAGCUUAUUGAAUACAUUCGUAAACACGGCGAAGGCUGCUGGCGAACUCUCCCCAAGGCUGCAGGCCUUCUUCGUUGCGGUAAAAGUUGUAGGUUGAGAUGGAUAAACUAUCUAAGGCCUGACCUUAAAAGAGGCAAUUUUGCUGAAGAUGAAGAAGAUCUCAUCAUCAAGCUUCAUGCACUGUUAGGAAAUCGGUGGUCGCUAAUAGCUGGGAGAUUGCCUGGACGUACAGACAAUGAAGUGAAGAAUUACUGGAACUCCCAUUUAAGGAGAAAGCUUAUAAACAUGGGUAUUGAUCCCAAUAAUCACCGUUUGGUGACUAAUCUCCCUCGCUCUACGAACCGGCCUGGCGAAUAUUCCAUUUCCACCAGUGCAACAUCCUCUGCUCCAAAAAUUCCACCCAAUGACAAUCAGCAAUCGGCCAAAUCCCGCAGCUUUGAGGAUCAUCACCAAGUAUCCGAUGCUGGAAGUUGCCUCAAACACGGGCCUUGUCUCCCUGAUCUAAACCUAGAUCUCACCAUCAACCUUCCAACCCCUUUGGUUUCUAAAAUUGGAGAUGAACAAAAGCAGAAAGAUCCCCCCAAAAAGGGGUGUAAACCUGAGCAAGAAUUCACCCCUUCUCCGACCCUCUUUCUCUUCCAUUAGCAUGCAGCAUGGGUCGAAAAUAUAUUCUGUACGAAAUUUUCUCUCAAAUAGGGGCAAUGGUGAUUGUAGUUGAAGGCACAUUUCGUGAACCCUAUACUGUUUCUGAUCCAAACAGUAUAGGCUUACCCCAAGUACCUACGUGCUGUGGAAAUUUCAACAAAAUUUAGCCUCGGGCAGCGGACUUCCAUUGGAGAGGGGGACAUAUAUAUGGAGAAAUUAAUAAGGCUCACUAAAUUUUCCGAAGCACGUAUUAUGAGAAGUAUUUCAGUGCACAAUUGUGGAAAGAUUCAUAUAUGGUGGCGAUAAUAUUAAUUCAUCAAGGAUUAAUUUCUCUUGUAAAUUAAUCAUAUUAUAAUUAGUUAGUCGUUCUGAUGUACUUGAUCAUGCAAUGUACUCCAUUGGAUCGAUCGAGAAAUUUGUGAUUCGUUGUAAUUAAUGCUCUUGUAUGUGAACAUGAUUUGCUCUGAAUUUAUUGUUCUCUUCUCUCCAUAAUUAAGUCUUAAUUUGAUG